AUGCAGCAGCCCAGGACGCUGGGCAAGCAGAUCCGCCCCGUCGGCGGCGGGAAGCAGAUCCGCCCCGUCGGCGGCGGGAAGCAGCUGGGCCGCUACUACGGCGGCAAGCGGCCGCGCGGCAGUGACGACGAGGACGACGACGAGGACGACGACGAGGACGACGAGGGUGGUUCGGACGGCGAUGCCGCCGGGCGGGGCGAGGCCGGUGACGAGGAGGAGGACGAGUUUGGCCAGUGGGACGGCGAAGGCGACGAGGAGGAGGACAGGCCCCCUGCCGCGCCCGCCGUGCCGAGCGCGCCGCCGCCUGUCGGCAAGGUUGGCAAGGCGCUGGCGGUGGGCGUCGGGAUGGGCAAGAUGGCCAAGCCAGUCGGCGUGGGGAUGGGCAAGGUGCGGAAGCCCGUGGGGAUCGGCAAGGGCAAGAUGGCCAAGCCAGUCGGCGUGGGGAUGGGCAAGGGCGCGCGCGCGGCGUACGGCGGGAAGCAGGUCAGCCAGCGGCAGGUCAGCCAGCGGCAGGUGUACGGGGGAAAGAAGCUGAGGCGGAAGGCGAGCAGUGACGACGACGAGUCGGACGAGGAGGAGGAGAGCGAGGAGGAGGAGGAGGAGGCGGAGGAGGAGGAGGCGGUGGAGACGGACGAGGAGGCCGCAGACAGCGCGGAGGCGGCGGCGGCGGCGGGAGGGGAGGGAGGUGCCGAGGCGGAGGAGGAGGCACAGGAGAGCGAGGAGGAGGAGGAGGAGGAGGACUACAACUCGGCGGACGACUACGACGAGGAGGGGUACAAGGGCGCGCAGGACCGAGCCGAGCUGAUGGCGAAGUCGCAGCUCGAGCGCGAGAUGAUUCUGGCGGAGCGCCUCGAGAAGCGCGAUCAGCGGAAGGAGCAGCUCGAGGUGCGCGCCAAGAUCCGGGCGCAGCGCAACCAGAAUGCCGCCACGAAGCGCUCGUCUGCGCGCGGCAAGGCCACCGCUGGCAAGGACCGCGCCUCGCAGAUGCGGGAGCUGGGCGCGAAGCGGAGGGAGGCGGAGGCGCGGCGGGACCGCGACCGGGAGCAGCGGCAGGGCGGCAGCGACGACGACGACGACGAGGGGGGGGAGGAGGAGGAGGAGCGGGCGGGCGCCCCCUCCGCCGACGUGCGGCGGCGCGAGCCCGCGGCGAGCGCCGACCCGAUGGAGGGGUUCGGAGGGGAGGGCGCCGGCUUCGAGGCGGCCGCGGACCCGCCGACGCUCGAGCGGAUCCGGCUGACGCGCAACAAGCUGGAGCUGUGGCUGCUCGAGCCCUUCUUCGAGAGGGUGCUGCCGGGCUGCCUCGUCCGGAUCGGAAUCGGACAGCAGAGCUCCGGCCGGCCGGUGUACAAGGUGGCGGAGGUGCUCGGCGUCAAGGACGGCUUCAAGCCCUACAUGAUGGGCAAGGCCAAGACGACCAAGCGGCUCGAGCUCGCCAUCGGCAGCGCCAAGAAGGCCUUCGCGAUGAACUUUGUCUCGAACCAAAACUUUGAGGUGCAGGAGCUCGAAAAGUACCGCCGCUCGCUCAAGGAGGCGGGCGGGGUGGACCGGUGGCCGUCGCAGCGGGCGGUGGACCAGAAGGCGGAGGAGCUGCGCAAGUGCAAGGACUACGACUACACCGAGGAGGAGAUCAACGCGAUGGUCGCCGAGAAGAAGAAGCUCGGGCUCACCAAGGGGCGCGCGGCCGCCGACAAGGCCACGCUCGCGAUGGACUUGCUCGCCGCGCGCGAGGGCGACGAGGAGACGCGCAAGCAGCUCGAGGCGGAGCAGAAGAAGCUCGAGGCGCGGCAGGCGAGCGAGAAGCGGCUGCAGGAGCAGCGCGAGGGCAAGGCCUUCGCCAUCAAGGACAUCAACAUGCGCAACCGCGCCUUUGAGCUCUCCGUGGCCCGGACCGCGGGCGAGAGGGCGAAAGCGCAGCGGGCCGGCGACGCCCCCUCCGUCAAGGACCCGUUCGCACGCAUCGAGAACCGCGGCACCAACUACUACACCAUCGGCAAGGCCGCCGAGCCGGCGACCGCAGCCGCGGAGGGGGCGGGCCCUUCCAGCGCCGCCCCCUCCGCGCCGGAGCUCGCCAUCGACGUGAGCGCGCCGGCGGAGCCGCACGCCGACAGCGGCAUCAGCCCCGGCUUCCGCGAGCUCAUCGCGACACCGCGGCCGGGCAGCAACGCAGAAUUGCCCCCCGCCGAGCGCGCCGUCGCCGACAUCGCCGCCGCCGGAUUUGGAGACCUCGCCCUGAGCGCCCCCUCGCCGCGCGUCGGCGGCGGCCGCGCGGGUGGUGCGGCCGCUGGCCGGCUGCCUGAGCUGGUCGGCCGGCGCGCAAAGGCGCACGCCGUCGACAUCGACAUCGACAUCGACAUCGACGCGCCCGUGGCCUCCGUGCCUCGCUUGCCCACGGUGGUCCGUGGCGCGCCGCCGCUGCAGCCACCGUCCGACGCGCCGCGAAACACGCUCAGCGUUUCCGACUACAAGCGGCGCAUGGGCAUCCUGUAG